AUGGAUGUGCACUGCGAGAACGUUCGCACUUUGAACGUCAAUGUUGGUAUCAUGGGUCACGUCGACUGUGGUAAAACAAGUCUAGCUCGAGCGAUCUCUACGCACUUCUCUACCGCAUCUCUUGACAAGCAUCCACAGAGCAUCGAGCGAGGCAUAACAAUUGACCUUGGCUUUUCCAGCUUUAUGGCUCCAGUUGAAGGGAGCCUCUUCACCUUACCUUAUGAUCAAAUCCAGUUUACAAUAGUCGACUGCCCAGGUCAUGCCUCUCUUAUUAGGACCGUGCUCGGUGGUGCACACAUAAUCGACAUAAUGUUGCUGGUAAUUGAUGUGAACAAAGGCAUCCAAACUCAAACUGCAGAGUGCCUUGUGGUUGGGGAGCUCACCGCAAACAAUCUCAUUGUCGUGCUCAACAAAAUUGACGUGAUUCCUUCCAAAUUGCGAGAAGUGGUUGUUUCUAACAUGCAGAAGCGUCUUUCAAAAGCAAUUAAGACGACUAGAUUUGGUGACUGCAAGAUGGUCCCAGUCGCAGCGUGUCCUGGUGGUGCGGAUAAAAUGGAUGUGUAUGGUUCUCCAUUAGGGAUCGAUAUUCUAGUAGCCAACCUCAUGGCACUUGUCAGUAGUGCGCAAAAACGACUCCAGGGAGGUGAUUUUCUUCUUGCGGCAGAUCACUGUUUUCCAGUUAAGGGGCAUGGCACUGUGCUGACUGGAACAGUUUUGAAAGGGCAGUGCCGAGUCGGUGAUAUUGUCGAAUUGCCGCACUUGAAGCUCCAAAAGAAGGUGAGGAGUUUGCAAGUGUUCAAGAGACCUGUGCAAACUUGUGCAGUCGGAGACAGAGUUGGUAUGUGUAUCACGCAGUUUGACUCUAAGUUGUUUGAAAGAGGUAUAGUAGCAGCACCAGGUACAGUCCCCAGCUUUAUUGCCGCGGUUGUCAGUGCUGAGAAGAUCAGAUUUUUCAAAGGCAUCGUCCAUUCCAAGAUGAGAUAUCAUGUGACAGUGGGAUAUACAACAGUUAUGGCCACAGCGGUUUUCUUCAAAGCUCCAUGUCAUCCAGCUUCUUUAGCCACCUCAGCGAAGUCCUGCGAAGAAGGAAUUCUUUUUGGGUCCCAAGACGACAUUAUCACUUCGACCUGUAGCACGUGGGCACUUCUUCGAUUUGAUCGCCCUGUAACCUGCCCUGCUGGAUCAAAGUAUGUAGCCUCGCGUUUUGACGCUGAUAUCCACAAAAAUUCGUGCCGCCUCGCUUUCCAUGGGCGUAUUAUCCACCCCAGUGUUGAGGAUCCAGCUUCAGUGAAGCACAUUAAAGUCUUCACAAUGAAAAAACGUUUUGGUUCAGUUGAUCGGGUGCAUGAUGUGAAAACUGUCAUUGGUAAGGGAAUGUUUAAAAAAGAGACCGACAUGACGAUUUUUCAAGGCUUGCGAGUUUUCACUAGUCGCGGAGAAAUAGGAACUAUAGCGGGUGCUUUUGGUAAGAGUGGAAAGUUCAAAGUAUGUCUUAAGGACGGCGUUUCUCCCUCGGAUUUGAAAGGUAACGCAUCACGGCUCAUUCUCAAUUACAAACAUUUUCUCUUUGGUAAGGAAGCAGGAAAACAGAUGAAACAAUGA